UAACUGUUUUGAUAGAGGACAUAAUGGAAAUAUAUAAAAAUGCACAAUAUAAUAGAAAAAUUUGUAAUGCUCUUAUUGGUCGUAUAGAGGCUACUCAAACAUCCAUUAAAUAUUUACAACAAAGGAAAGAGGAGGAGGAUGAAACAUAUUAUAACAACUUUGUGCAUUUUACUGAUAUUUUGAGAAAAGUAAAAGAUUUCCUUAAUUAUGUAACUCAACUUCAUGGACAUAACAAAUUUCUUAAUACAAAUAAUGUUAGAGAAAAAUUUGAAUUGCUUGCAAAAGAGUUUGAUGGUGUUAUGCAAGAUUUACAUUUCACACAAACUGUAUCUGCUCAAAGACAAAGUGAAAUUGAUCAACAAAGUUUAAAGGAGGAUCUUGAAGUAUUAAAUGAUGCUAUCAAGCCAUUCACUCCACUGAUAGCCAUUGUAAAUGUUUUGGUGAAGGAAAUAAUUAAAGUUUAUGAAAAUUCUCAGUAUAAUGAAAGAAUUUGCAAUGCUUUUCUUGAUCGUGUAGAAGCUGCUCAAUUAUCAGUUGAAGCUUUACAACGAAGAAAAAAAGAGAAUCUAAACACAUUUCAGGAUGCAACAUAUUAUAAAAAUUUUCUGCAUUUUAUUGAGGUUUUGAGACAAGUGAAAACUUUUCUUGAACAGGUAACUCAACUUCAUGGAUACAAAAGAUUUUUGAAUGCAAAUAAUGUUAAAGAAAAAUUUGAAUCACUUGCCAAGAAUUUUGAUUCUGUUAUGAAUGAUUUACAUUUCACACCAACAGUGUCUGCUCAGAGACAAAGUGAAAUUGAUCAACAAAGUUUAAAGGAAGAUCUCAAUGCUAUUCAUGGUGGCAUUGUUGAUAAUAAUAAACAACUUAAUACAGCACUUCAAGAAGUUUUGAUUAUAAAAA